AUGGAUCGCUCUGACGUCUCUCAAGUUGCUCCGUCUCAAGAGCCGGUAGCAUCGAAUUCGCGCGCGCCACCAAAGGACCUCCCUUCGAUCGAAAAUGACGUGUCGCAUGCGGGAGUGCCGAAAGAACUAAUUGAUUCCACUUUGGACUUUCUCUCCACCGCCAGCAACGAGGCUCUUCUCGGUGUCUUUGCCCUCCUUGCAACCACCACCUACAUUAUCCUGGGUCGAAUCGGACUGGUCCUAAUUGGUGUGGCCCUGGGAAUCAUUUUACACGCGUCCUGGGAGGGGUCAAGCCGCGGAGAAGCAGGCGACAAGUCCCGGUCGAGUAAUCCCAACAGGCGAAGAGAACUUGCGCUCGAAGUAUCCAGCAGGCUACUGGACUGGUCGAAACGGACCCCUUCUACAGGGGUCGAAGCUGAAAUCGACAGCGGCCCCCUCAGUGCGCCUGAGAAUUUGACUGUGGCAGAUCUUGACUAUGCGACUUUUCAGCCAGCAACGGCCGCCGCCUUGCGGACACUCACAGAUGCGGUGGUUCGAGAUUACGUGAAAUACUGGUACGAACCGAUUCUCCCCUGUGAGCCAUCAUUCCCCGGCUCCUGUCGCCGGAUCUUGACCCAUUUCGUUACGUCUGUGUCCUCGCAUCUUUCGCGGCAACGAACGGAAGAUACAUUUCUCCAAUUCCUCACCAAUUCAUCGUCUAUUAUAAUUGUGUUCUUAAAUGAACUAUCUGCGGCAUUUGCUACCACGGGCACCGAGCCUGUGGAGGCACAAAAAAUCGUCGAUCAGUUCCUCAGACAAUCGCCAGAUAGCAGUUUAGCCAACGUCUUAUCCGAGGCACAGCAGCGCAAGAAGCUCAACAUGAUCGCGGACGAUAUCCUAUCCAGCUUUCUCGAUUCGAAGGCGUACGGGUGUUCUGCCGUCAGGGACUUUCUUCGCGAGAUCUUUGCCGGGGUUGUAUUGGAGUCAACAAUCAUCAGCCUUUCCCGGCCAGAAUUUAUCAAUGGCUGGAUUAUCUAUCUUUUACAAGAGGGCGAAUCCGAAAUCAUGCAUGCGAUCGAUGCUGGCGUUGAAGGUGCCCGGAAUCAGGGCGUCAGUGCUCCGAAGACUGCGGAUAGCCUGAGCAAUCCAAUUCAGGAGCCAACACCCAAAGCGGACGCUGCCUCUAAACCCAACGAAAAUCAACCGGGUCAUGUGGAUAAGGCAACAGAAGAAGCGAUUCAAGAAGCAAAACGCUUGAGUGCCAUGAUUGUGUCUCACGAUGUGCAGCAUCUAGAUCCUGAGCAGCCAUUUCCUAGUGACCAGCCCAAUGAAACGGGCUCUUUAAAUGUCAAUCACUCUACCGAAUCGCCCUCAACCCUGAUCAACCAAAACGAGGAUCCUGUCGGCCAAGACCGACGAGAUGAGGCGGUGCCUGUGGAAAAGUCGCCUUCGCUUCCCAUAUCCCCGAACGACGAGUCGAUGCCGACGCCCACGCCUCAGCAAGACACUGCUGUGCCGCCUGUGACCCUUCACGGGGCGCAGGUGCUAGUGGACGAUGUAGCAGGGGGCGAGAAAGGAAUCAUCAAGUCGCGACCUACGUGGGAUUAUUUGCUGCAAGUUGAGCCGGUAGUCACGCACUCUACGGGGUGGAUGGUGUUUCGAAAGUACUCCGAUUUCCAAUCUCUUCACGAAAUGCUGGAGACUGUUUCACGAUUGAACCGGAUCCAGAGUUUUGCCGACAAGUAUCCCAUUCUGCCUCCCUGGAAAGGACAGACACGUCAGGACCUCGCUCGAGAGUUGGAACGAUACUUAAGGGAAGCCAUGAAACACGAGUCCCUGGCCGAGACUGAUCGAAUGCGACGUUUCUUGGAGAAAGAUGGGGGCUCCGGUGAAGCGAGCUCUACGAAGCCGGGUUUUUCUUUUCCCAGUCAGAGUGCAUUCGAGAACAUGGGCAAAGGUGUGUUGGGCGCGCUCAGCAAUGCGCCCAAGGGCAUGGCGGGUGGUGGCAGGGCCGUCUUUGAUGGGGUGACUGGGGUGUUCGGAGGUGCUGGAGCUAGCAAAAAGCAGGCUCCUGCUGCUGGUCGGCAAUCUCGAGCCCCGUCGACAGCAGAAAAUGUGAUUCACCCUGCCCCCAACAGUGCAGAUGAGCCGACUCGCACCGGCUCCUCAAAAGUGGGGAAUUUGCCUGCGCAGGUGUCUCCUUUCCGUGAAUCAACCCUGGGGGAUCUGAAGAGCGAAACACCCAAGUCACCCUCGGCUGGUGAUUCGGACAAUAGAUCGGACUUGAUAGCCGGCGAGCAGGAUGCAUGGGCUUCUAGAUCUACACUCGCCCCUUCCGAUGACCGACAUUCGCUUGAAUCUAGUGGGCGCAAUACGGGGUUGGACAACCCCGAAUAUUGUGACUCAUCCUCGCCAAGUCGCCCCUCGGAUGUCGACAAAAGCAGCGAGAGCAUGCAUGGAUCCCGCCGGCAAGGGAGCCCUAUCACGACCGACGAGACUCAAAUCGCAGUGGAGCUGAUAUUUGCUGUGAUCAACGAACUAUAUACCUUGUCAUCUGCAUGGAAUAUCCGCCGAACGCUACUAAAUGCGGCCAAGUCGUAUAUCCUUCGCCCCGGGAGCCCAACCCUGGAGACUAUCCGCACCUUGCUGCAGGAUUCAAUGAUCGAGGGCCACACCUCCGACAACGCCCUUGGCGAGUACCUCACUAAGCUUCGCGAGAAUGCUCUUCCAACUGAAACAGAGUUGAAAGCCUGGCCUCCUCCACCCAGUGAACAGGAGAAAGCGCAUCUACGGGAUACCGCGCGCAGGCUGUUUGUCCAGCGGGGGAUCCCACAGGCAUUUUCGACAGUCUCCAAGUGA